UUACAAAUUUUAGGCCGGCAUCAGGCGGGCCACAAACUGCCAGAUAAUGGAGGAAAAGCCACUGUUUGAGGGCAAACACUGCCUCUCGCUAAAAUGUGUCCUGUUCCUAUUCUACGGAGGCUUGGGAUGCAUCUAUCCCUUCCUUCAAACGAACAUGGCCCAGAAGGGCUUCGCGUACAAUGAGAUCUACUCGAUAUCGGUAAUAAUUCCACUAACGGCACUGCUCGGUCCGAUCGUCUUUGCACUGCUGGUUGACAAGUGGGCCAUCGGGAAUGCGUUUGCCUAUGGUAAACGGUUGCGUAUCCUUACCGCCGUCACGAUUAUCGCUUCGAUGGUGCUGUACGUGCUGCUGAUGUUCGCUGUCAGCAGGACUCCACCACCGGAGAUGUGUGCACCGCAGGCCAGCUUCUUGUGCAAUCGUAAGGGAGCGUUCAUCGUGCAGGAGAAAUGUUCGGAGAAUGGUAUCUGUCACGAUUGGCCGGCAGAGAAGACGGGAAUGUUAAACUUGGAGAACUGUACCUACAGCUGUCAGAAGGAGAACCAGUUCGAGAGCACGUGCUACAGUCGACAUGCCAAAUCGGCCCAGAUGGCGGCCUGGUUGCGUGAGCAGGAAGACGCCCAGGAUGAUGAUGAGGGUGCGGUGCUAGAUUUGGGCAGUGGACAGGGUACGAUCGAGCGUGAUUCGGAUGGUGAUGGAAUACCGGACAAUCUCGAUACGGAUGAUGAUAACGACGGUAUUCCUGAUACGCGUGAUCCUGACUCGAGCAACGAUCUGGAUGGUGACGGAAUUCCGAACGAGCUGGAUCCUGAUGAUGACAACGAUGGUAUACCGGAUGACAAGGAUGAUGAUGAUGACAAUGAUGGAAUUCCGGAUGAUCAGGAUGUGGAUGAUGAUAAUGAUGGUAUUCCGGACACGUUGGAGGGUAAGGCCAAGUCGAACGAUCUGGAUGGAGAUGGUAUUCCGAACGAUCAGGAUCCUGAUGAUGAUAACGAUGGAAUUCCGGACACGGAGGACGAUGAUGAUGAUAAUGAUGGAAUUCCAGAUGAUCAGGAUCUGGAUGAUGAUAAUGAUGGUGUGCCGGAUGCGCUGGAAGGCAAAGCUAAGACCAACGAUCUCGAUGGAGAUGGUAUUCCGGACGAUCAGGAUACGGAUGAUGAUAAUGAUGGUAUUCCUGACACGGAGGACGAUGAUGAUGAUAAUGACGGAAUCCCGGAUGCCGAGGAUGUUGAUGAUGACAACGAUGGUAUUCCGGACGUACUAGAAAGCACGCCUCGUUCGAAUGAUCUGGACGGUGAUGGCAUUCCCAACGAGCUGGACGAUGAUGAUGACAACGAUGGAAUUCCGGACGCAGAGGACACAGAUGAUGAUAACGAUGGCAUCGCGGACGAUCAGGACGUUGAUGAUGAUAACGAUGGUAUUCCGGAUGCGCUAGAGGGCAAAGCCAAGUUUAACGAUCUUGACGGCGAUGGCAUUCCGAAUGAUCAGGAUACGGACGAUGAUAACGAUGGAAUUCCGGAUGCAGAGGAUAAGGAUGAUGAUAAUGAUGGUAUUCCGGAUGAUCAGGACGCCGAUGACGAUAACGAUGGAGUCCCGGACGCUAAAGAUCGCGCCAAUGCAAACGAUCUCGAUGGAGAUGGUGUGCCGGAUGCGGAAGACGAUGAUGAUGAUAAUGACGGCAUUCCCGAUGCGGAAGACCCUGACGAUGACAACGAUGGCAUCCCAGAUACGGAAGAUCCAGAUGAUGAUAAUGAUGGCAUACCGGACGAACUGGAAGGAAAGCCGGUGACCCACGAUCUCGAUGGAGAUGGUAUUCCGGAUGAUGAAGAUCCGGACGAUGAUAAUGAUGGGAUUCCGGACACGGAAGACGAUGAUGAUGACAAUGAUGGCAUUCCGGACUCGGAGGAUGUGGAUGAUGAUAACGAUGGUAUACUGGAUGUGCAUGAUCAGGGUCAGCGCAACAAGAACGAUCUCGAUGGGGAUGGUGUCCCGAACGACGAGGAUCCGGAUGAUGAUAACGAUGGAAUUCCAGACGAUCAGGACAGUGAUGAUGAUAACGAUGGCAUACCGGAUGCGGAGGAUGACGAUGAUGAUAAUGAUGGCGUUCCGGACAGUCAGGAAACGGUGAUCGUACCGACCGCAAUCGUGUGUGCGGAUGCCGAUGAGGAGGACGAGAUCUGUCACACGUACAGUGAGGGUGUUAUUCAGGUGAAAGCUACCUUUGACGCGCACAACGAGAAGGACGAAGGAGAUGAGUGCAACUAUCCUUUGGAUGGUUUCCGUUGUCCAUUGGAUAAGGCCUGGGUUAAGGCACAGCCGGCAGGAUGUAAACCCGUGGUGCAGUGUGAUAUUGCUGACCCUUACGAGGACUCAGAGAGUCUGCUGUACGGCACAACUUGCGAUGGUGACGAAGAUAACGAUGGCGAUGAUGACGAGGGUGACUCCACCUUCUACUACUACCUCUCUAUCCGUUCCCUGCUCGAUUUCUUCCUGCUCAGUGGACUAACGCUUCUCAACACGAUCAUCGUCAUUGUAACGCGCGAUCGCUUGACAUCCGGCGUUGCCGAUUUCGGUCGACAGCUUGUCUGGGGUGCGGUCGGUUGGAUCAUCUUCUUCAACGAUGAUUACGAGCAACCGUAUAUGCUGUUCGUACUGCUCUACACCACUGCCGCCGUCAUCCUGCUCAGCCCACUCAAGAUGGACCUGUCUCCGGCUGAAGAGUGGUGGCAGCUGCGCACGGUGCCACAGAAGUUUGUGUCUGUACCGGCUUGCCGCAAAUACUUCCAGCGCUGCUGGCUUCCGUUCCUGGUUGCGAUCGGUCUCGGCUCGCUCUGGAGUGUGAUCGAUUCGAUCGAUGAAUCGCACAUGACCAACCUGCCCACCACCGACGCCGACGAUGGCGAUGAUCCAAAGCAGCAGUCGACCGUGUUCCAGACACUCGUACGAACAGUACUUCUUGCAGGAGAUCUUCUCGCCAUCCCGGUACUGAUCUACUCGCGUCGUAUCAUCGAAGUGUUCGGAACGUGCAAGAUCCUGGUCGGUGCGUUCCUAUCGCUCGUUCUCCGCUUCAUCCUGCUGGCCAUUUUGGAUUACUCGCUGUGGGACGUUGUGGAGGACUGGUUGCUGCCCACUACGCUCGGACUUACCUGGGUUACUCUGGUGCUGCACUUCCGCGAGCUACUGCCCCGUAAAGUGUCCGCCCUUGCACAAGCACUGCCCGUGAUAGCACACUUCGGAUUUGGACGCUUCUUUGGGGCGCUGAUCGGUAUCGAACAUCACUAUCACCGGCUCGAGAAUGAUUAUGAAAUUAUUGCCGGCGUACUGUUCGGACUGACCAUCAUUAGUGUUGUGUUGUACCGCUACAGAGAGAUUGUACUGAACUACCUGGGUCAGUACAUCCCGGCAUUGAAGCCGGGCCAAGCUAAUGGUGCUGCAUCGAAGACUAAGGGUGAAACGAACGUUUAA